AUGUGUGGCUUUUAUCGUAGUUCUUAUACCGAUGCUACAGGCAGCAAAAAAUAUUUAGCUACCAACCAAUUCGAAGCUACCGAUGCUCGUCGUGCUUUUCCUUGUUGGGAUGAACCAGCAAUCAAAGCUACUUUUGAUGUUACUUUGAUAGUCCCGACAGAGCUUGUGGCAUUGAGUAAUAUGAAUAUGGCCUCUGAAAAGCCACUUGUGACGUUUAUCGUUGGAGAUUUGGCUUAUAUCGAGAAAUAUACAUCUGGUGAAUACAAUGAUAAAAAACCAGUCCUUGUCCGAUUUUAUGCAAUUAAAGGGUCUGAGAAACAAGGAGAAUUCGCAUUGGAUGUCGCGACUAAGGCACUUGACUAUUUUGCUCGAGUCUUCAAAAUCUUAUUUCCCUUGCCGAAAUUGGACAUGGCUGCAAUUCCUGAUUUCGAAAUAGGUGCUAUGGAGAAUUGGGGUCUUAUCACGUUUCGUACAGUUGCAAUUUGUUUUGACCCAAAAGCAUCUGACGCGCGAUAUAAACAACAUAUAGCCUAUGUUGUGGCUCACGAAUUGGCUCAUCAAUGGUUUGGAAAUCUUUUUACAAUGGAAUGGUGGGAUCAUCUCUGGCUUAACGAAGGAUUUGCUACUUGUGUUGGUUAUUUGGCAAUUGAUGAAAUCUUUCCAGAGUGGGAUAUUUGGGCACAACGUGAUGAUGUCAUGUUCGAAGCUUUAAUACAUGCAAAAAUGGAUGUUAUCAACAAAAAAAUUAUACUGCAUAAAAGCGAAAAGUGGAAAUUGAUUCUCGUAUCACGAAAAUUAUCAUCGUAUGGUUGGGAGUAUCCUGAGAAUGAAGAUUAUCUGACUGCAAUGUUAAGAACCUUGGCUAUUAAAAGUGCCGGCACAGCUGGAGAUCCAGAAAUUGCUAAGAAAGCUACGCGUCGUUUUAAACUUUUUACCGAGAAAAAUGAUCAAUCAGUUUUGCAUCCUAACAUCCGACAAGCCGUCUUUGAGAUUGUAUUAAUGCAUGGUGGCGGUGAACAAGAAUUCGAUGCAAUUUUGAACAUUUUUAGAAACGGUCCAAUAGUUGAUCAAAAGCUUGCCGCAUUGUCUGCUCUUGGUUUUAUGCAACAGCCUAAAUUGGUUCAACGUGCAUUGGACUUUUCCAUUUCUUCAGAAGUUCGUCAUCAAGAUAUUCUCUAUAUUUUUAGAAGCUUGCAAACGAAUCGUAAAUCAAGAAAGCCAUUGUGGAACUUUAUCAAAAAAAAUUGGGAUUUGUUCCAAGAUCAAUAUACAAAAUCAAUUAAAUUAUUCGAAUACAUUAUUAAGUUUAGAACAGACAUGUUCGCAUCAGACGAAACAAUAAUCGACAUAGAGAAAUUCUUUGCUGAUAAGAAUAUCAAGUACUUCAAACGACCACUGCAACAGAGUUUGGAGAAUAUUCGUACGAACGGUGCAUGGUUGAAGCGUGAUAUCAAAGAUGUUGAGAAUUUGUUAGCAGCUAACGGUUAUUUAAAGCAUGUUUCAUAA